UAAGAUAUGGAAAACUGUGAUGUGGUGAAUACUGUACAAGAAAUCCCUUCAUCUUCUGCAGACUCUAAUGUCAGAAAUACCCACAGCUCUGUCUGUAACUUGAAUUGUAACAGACGUCCCUCAUCCAAUCCCAAUGGAGUUUCUGGUUACUCAGGGAAUACUAGGUCCUCAUUAAUACCUGGUUCUGUUGAGCUGUUUGCCUCCUUUAUGCAAGAUAUCCAGAACAUUGGAAAUGCUGACUCAGAAAUUGUGAAGAACUGUGAGACAAGGUGGCUACAGUUACUGAGACUGGUAGAAAAACAAUGUCAGGAACAAAUAGUUGCCCAGCAAGAGCAGUUCCACCGUCAAAUCCAACUGAUUCAGGAUGAGAUAAGGCAGUUAGUGAAAUUGCAGACCAGCAACUGGGGUGCCGGGAAGAGCCGAAGUUUGCCUGCCAAGCUUACAGACACUUUUUCAUCACUAGAAAGUCAAAUGGGGAUGUGUUCUGAAAUCUUUGAAGAAAAUGAGUGCAUUGUCAAUCAACUUAGAUCUAAUGAAGGAGAAAGUCAGCCAAAUGUAUCUGAUCUGCGUCAGGAAUGUUUUGCAAAUAAUGCUUCAAUGACUAGUGGGUAUGGUACGCUUUCUGCCUCCGAACUGAACCCUAGCAAAUCUAACGACAUCAGCAAGUGCACAGACUACAUGGAGAAAACUUCACAAGGACAGAGUGAUGCAGCAGUAUUGCAGAGUGAUGCAGUUGUAGCCAGUGUUCAAAAUAAGAGAGAACUUUUACCAAAAAAAAUAGAGGAAAAUUUUUCAUCAGGAAGGAACGAUAUUUUAGUUUUUCCUGCUGAAUUUGAACAUAAAGUUGAUGAAGCUCAAUGUGGAAAAAAACCAAGUAAGUCUUUAACAUCAUGGGCACAAAAGUUGAAACAAAACCAACCAAAAAGAAUAAAUGCCGAAGAAGUAUGUGUGAACUCUAUGCAAGAAAAUGAGCAAGCAAAGAAAUUACCAGUUGAGAAUACAAACCUUACUGAUGCUGCUUUGCCACCUUACACUUUUUACCUCAAUCAACCAAAUGAAAGUCCGAAUUCCUUAGUGUCUGAAGCUUCAGGACUUUCGUACUGGAAAUUAGAUGAAAAGGAGAUGUAUCAGUCUUUACCAGAGAAUUUCAGAAGCGAAUUCGCUGAUAUUUUCUCCACAAAAGUAUCACCAGAUCAGUUGUCUUCUGCUGAUGACACGAAGCUAUCAUCAUUGAAGGAUAUUUAUCAUAAAAGACAAAGGGACAACAAGCAGCUGCCAGACCAGAAUUUUAUGCCUUCUUCACAGUCAAGUCACCCACCAGAGAUCUUGACAUUGGACCCAACCCUGCAUAUGAAACCAGGUCAGCAGAACCCAGGACGCUGUUCUUUCAGUAUUCCUGAAGAUACUACUCCUUUUUCUCCAGACUCUAUGGCAGAGCCCGGAUUUUCAAGUCAUUGUGACACAGACUCUUUCUCACAGACAAGUAAUUCAUCUCAGUUAGAUGAUUCUCCAAAAUAUCCUGCCAGCAGCAGAGCUGUGCAUUUGGACCUCUGGAGAAAUCACCCAUUCCAAAAUGAAAACAAGACCAGCUGUCCCUUUCCAAUGGCAUAUAUGGAUACUAAUAAUGAUGAUUUAGUCAACACUGAGGAGGAAGAAACACUGACUCUGACUCCAUCUUCUAUUACUCAGUGUGCUGACAACAGUUUGCCAGAAUAUAGUCUUUCAGUGACAUCUGUUGAAGAUCCUGUGAUAAUGUCAAAGAUUAGGCAGAACUUGAGGGAAAAACAUGCUCGACACAUAGCUGAUCUACGAGCUUACUACGACUCUGAGAUACAUAGCUUAAAACAGCAGCUAGAGGCAAGCCAUAAAACUGCUUCAUCUGAAGACCUGAAGAAAAUCAAUCAAAAUCUUGCUGACAGGUGUGACCAGUUAGAUGCGGCUCUGAAUGAAGGAAGUGCUCGCAUAAAAGCCCUUGAAAAUAAGAAUAAUAUGCUAGAAAAGCAAGUGGCAGAUUGGAGAGAUCGCUUUUAUGCAGUCAGUAAUACUUCCAAAGUUUUGCAAGAACGUAUUGAAGAAAUGCACACAAGUAACAAAGAGAAAGAUAACACUGUCAGUCGACUAAAAUCGAGGCUUAAAGAUCUAGAGGAAGCAUUUGAAAAGGCUUACAAGUUAUCUGAUAAUAAAAAUACAAGGCUAAAGGAAGAAAAUAAAAUGUUUCAAAAUCUUUUAGGAGAAUAUGAGUCCCUUGGAAAAGAACAUGAAAGAGUAAAGGAUACAUUAAAUACAACAGAAAACAAAUUGCUUGAUGCAAACAUGCAGAUUUCUGAUUUGAAAAGGACAAUUUCAAAACUUGAAGCUCAGCUCAAGCAGGUAGAACAUGAAAAUAUGCUGAAACUUCGCCAUAUUACUGAAAGUCGUUUAAGAACCUCUUGUGCCAACAAGCUGGCAACUCCUGAUGUCAGCAGGCGAAAGUGGUUGAUACCAGGAGCGGAGUAUUCAAUCUUCACUGGCCAGCCUUUGGAAGUCCAGGAAAGCCCCAAAGAUAACAGAUUAGAAGAAACUUGUUCUUUAAGGCACCAUUCUCCUCCUGAAAAAGACUCCUCGCAAGAAGACUCUUCAACAAACACAAUAGAAAAGAAAGGAAAUGAGAUGUCAGAAGCACCAAUUAUAAAAGCCUUUAAAGAACUUGAAGAAGGAAAAGCAUUUAAAGAUUGGGGUACACAGACAGAAAAAGAAGACACAUCAGCUAAAACAUCAAAUCGACGUCAAACUGUUGGGUUUGUUGAAACUUCUUUAGUUGCUAACCGAUCCCCAGAGAAAGGUAAAGACCAACACAGACCGAAACGGUACAGCUCCCCUUCUGGCCAGAGAUCAUCGUCCCUUCCUCCUUCAAACAGGAAAUCAAAUACUCCAACAAGAAGAGAGAUAAUGUUGGCACCAGUGUCUGUGACCUACAGCCCAAAACGAUCUCCAAAAGAAAACCUCUCUCCUGGAUUUAGCCAUUUGCUUAGCAAAAAUGAAAACACAGUGACAAGAUUUGAUAUACUUCUAGAUGACAUGGAAACUGGUCCUACAACUACUUUACAGCACAAUAAUCCAAGAAAAAGGCUCCAGUUUCUCUCACUAGAUGAUGUAGAAGAGAAAUACCAUUCAUACAGAAGGCAGCAUUCAGGUGUCAGACACAGCUCGCAUGCUGAAUCUGUCAAUACUGGAAUGAAGAAAGCGACAGCUUGGGACGAGAGGAGUGUAGCACAAAAAUAUGAGCCAGUGCUAUCACCUUGUGAGGGAGACUUCAAAUACACGGCAAGGAUUAAGACUCUGGCUGAAACAGAGAGGCUUUUUGAUGAGCUGACUCAAGAAAAGCAACAGAUUGAGGCUGCAUUGAGUCGAAUACCUUGUUCUGGUGGAAGAAUGACCUUGCAAGCAAGAUUAAAUCAGGAAGCCCUGGAAGAUCGCUUGGAAAGGAUUAAUAGAGAUUUGGGGUCAAUACGCAUGACUCUGAAAAGAUUUCAUGUUUUGCGUACCUCUGCAAAUCUUUGAUAAUUCUUUCUUGAAUGCAAAUAUGCUUUUUUUUUUUUGCACUAAUAUGUAAUUAUGCACUCAGUAAAUGCAAAUUGUUUUGUAUUUUUAUAAACCCUCAAUAGUAGUUUUACAACCAUGUUACCCUUUACAAACAGCAAUAUUUUGUACUUCAAACAGCCACCUAUAUUUUAAACAUAUUUUUGUUACACUUGAGAAAUCAAUGUUUAUCCUGUAUUGUAAUAUUUUUAGAAAUAUUAAUUAUUUUUAAAUAGUGAUAUUCAAUUUAUAAUAAGAAUAAGAAACUAAGAGGCAGCUUGUUUUCAGAAAAUGAUAGUGUUAUCCUUUUGCACUUCGUUUUCCUCACCAUUUUAUAAAUAUUUAUGGUAUGAUGUAAAUAUUAGCCAGUAGGAAAUUUUGAACUUUAAUACAAAAAGCAACAUGAAUUACCUGUGUUAAAAAUAACUACUGUUAUAUGGUAAAGCCUUUUAAUUUAAACCUUAUAACAUGGAUAUUUUUCAUUGUGACAAAACUGUGAGCAAUACUUUCAUUAUGGCUGGCUGGCUGGCUGCAAA